AUGCUCCGUACGAGCAAGCUGAACGCAUUGGCAUCGGAGAUGGCCAAGCUGCGAGACUGCGCGCCGCGGGACGACAAGGACAAAGGAGGCUCUACGAAGCACCAGCGACCAGACCAGGAGGAGGACGACGAUCACCAUGGCCAGGACAGCAGCAGCGAUGAAGAAGACGAGGUCUUUGACAGAAAAUCGAUGCAGGAGGAGGCCAAGGUGGACAACCGGACGCUGGAGCGGCUUUGA